CUCUUAAUUAAUAAUAGUAAUAAUUAAUUAUAAUAUUAAAAUGCCGGCUGGAAUAUAUUUCAGAUAUAUUGUAGACGAGGAGUGUUAAUUCUGCUGGAUGUGUCACCACUCAAGUGUCCUCAGGCCUUCUCAAGUUCCUCAACCGUAACCUAUAUUUUUUCUCUAGCAAAUCACAGAUAUAAAUAUUUAAAUAUAUAAAUUAAACGAUAAAAUAAAUGUUAGACAUACUUCUUCAGAAAAAAUGAAGUGAUUGAUUUAUAUAUUUUUCAUUUGCAACAUGAAUACGUUCCUGUGUUUAAAUAUUUAUAAAAGUUCGAAUGCUGUUAACUGAAAUGUUUUGUAACUCUUGGAUAGUUUUCAUCGUACGCCAUAGAAACCAUCAAAAAUAUAAUAUUUUGAGUACAUUAUCUUGAAUGUUAAAACGAAAAGUAAAAACAAACUUCAACAUUGUGAAAGUAGCACCUAUUGAUGGCUCAAUGGAGCAGAACAAUAAAAACAUUAAAGGGACGAAUUCUUCACCUACAAAAAGUGAAGAUGAUGUAACUAGAAAGUCGAUUUUUACCGAAUUUGCUGAAACCACCACUGCUCAUGGCUUCUCCAAUAUAGUGCUAACAGGUGCGCUUUCAAUCAAGACUAUUUGGAUUUUUGUCAUUAUUGGAUGUCAGAUUGGUUUAUUGUUUCAAGUCAUUCCUCUUGUUACUACGUACUUAAACAAGCCAGUCAGUCAAACUUUAACAAUGAAACAAUUUGAGAAUCUCACCUUUCCAGUCGUCACCAUUUGCAAUUCAAAUAUGGUCAAGUUUUCAAUGUAUUAUAAUAUAUCCUUUGAUGCUAACGAAACUUCUUCUUCUGAAUACGAUUCUUCUGAGACUGAAAUGGAGACGGACUCGGAGUUCUUAGCUACUAGCACAAGGGAUGAUACCUUUCAUAAGGAAAUGGCUAUUCUUGCUUUAUCUGAAGGCGAAGGAAUAUCCAAAUAUGGCCACGCUUUUGAUGAUAUGGUAAUAAAAUGCAAAUGGAAAAAAACUUACAAUUGCAACAAAAGAAAAUUCUGGCGUCACUUUUGGCACUGGCGACAUGGGAAUUGUUUUUCUUUCAACACUGGUAAUAUAUCACGACAAGUAACUAAAGCCGGUGCCUAUGAAGGACUUUCUCUGAAGAUAAAUUUGCAGGAAGAUGAAUUUCUUAGCAACACGGAAUCUGCUGGAUUAAUCCUCCACGUGGGAGAAAAAGGUAGAUACAUUGACUUAGAGUCAGAGGGAUAUAAUAUUUCUCCUGGUUCCGUGUACUCUGCUAUAAUUCACCAAACGCAAACGCGAAGAGUCGAUCCAUUUAACAACUUAAGCUGUAUACCUCAUUAUAGCAUGAAUCUAGGUGAAUUUCCGAAUGGCAUACGCGAUGUUGAUAAAUAUUCUACUGAGUUGUGCUUUAAAGUUUGUGCGUCAAAAGAAAUGAUAAAACAGUGUAAUUGUACAAGUUAUACCGUCCCUUCUCUUUCCAGCUUAAAUAUUUGUAAUAGCUCGCACGAGACUCAAUGCGCAACUGAGAUUCAAAAAGCUGUGACUAAUAAAUCCAUGACAUGCGCUAAAGACUGCAGGUUACCAUGUGAACAUAUGUCUUUUACACUUGACAUCACUGGAAGCCGUUACUCAAAACAGGUAUUUCAGAAAGCGGAUACGUUGAGCAUAAAUAUGAACUUUAACAAAUUUGAAUUGUUCGUUGUAGAAGAAAAUGUGCCUUAUAAAAUUGAGAAUUUACUUUCUGAUAUCGGAGGUCAGCUCGGCUUAUGGUCAGGAUUUUCUGUUGUGACAUGUGUUGAGGUUAUAUUUCUUUUUGUUCAUGCAUUUGACGCGUUCAUAAAGAAGUGCAGGUUGUACUUUAAAAAAAAGAAUAAAGACAAGGUCACAAAAAAUAAUACCUACAGCUAA